UCCAUUCCUAAUAUGUGUUAACGCCCACCGGUAAAACCACCGUCUCAAACUAGGGCUUUAAUACAACUACACUCUUUUCAAAGUUUGUCACUCGGGGCUCAAAUCUGGCUCUCAAAGGACUAGCGGCCGUACGGGAAUUCCGCCCUCCUGGCAGUCCUCAGCGCGGAGCUAGCCCCGCAGACCCCGCCUUCUCUUAAUUUGUCAACAAAGGGGUUUGACAAGCUCUUAGAAGCCCUGCCCCAUGUUGCCAUAAAAGGAUGAUUUGGCCAUACACGGCCAACAAUCAGGCCGUGGGUAACCUUUUCCGUUCCCCAUCCCGUUCAUAUGGUGCGUUGACUUCCUCCGUCGCCGUUAAAGCGGAGCUAUCAUGGCGGAGCGCGUACAGCAGCCCCCAGCCAAGCGGCUCUGCUGUAGACCGGGCUACGGCGCAACAUGUAGACAAGGCCAGCGGGCCGCGGGGGCGCCGUGCGGCAGCUCGGCUGCCACCCAGGGCGAAUCGAGCAGAACCCAGAGUCCGGAGUCUCUCCUGGACAUCGCGGCGAGGAAAGUCGCCGAGAAGUGGCCGUUUCAAAGGGUAGAGGAGCGUUUCGAGCGAAUCCCGGAGCCCGUCCAGAGACGGAUCGUGUACUGGUCUUUCCCGAGGAGCGAACGGGAGAUCUGCAUGUAUUCGUCGUUCAACACUGGCGGGGAGGAGAUCGGAAGUAGCGGGGAGAGCAGCGACGAGACGCGGCUGCCUUUCCGACGGGGCAUCGCUCUGCUGGAGAGCGGCUGCGUGGACAACGUACUCCAAGUCGGUUUUCACCUCAGCGGCACAGUAAGGGAACCCGCCACGUCCUCUGAGCCAGAGCUGGUCUGCAACGUGAGCGUCAGCUUCGACCGCUGCAAAAUCACAGCAGUAACGUGCAGCUGCGGCAACAAGGACAUUUUCUACUGCGCCCAUGUUGUGGCACUCUCGCUGUACCGAGUACGGAAGCCAGAGCAGGUCAAGCUGCGCCUGCCCAUCUCAGAGACUCUAUUCCAAAUGAACAGAGAUCAGCUGCAGAAGUUUGUUCAGUACCUGAUCACAGUGCAUCACACCGAGGUGCUGCCGACAGCACAGAAGCUGGCGGAUGAAAUACUGUCCCAGAACUCAGAGAUCAACCAGGUCCACGGAGCUCCUGAUCCGACAGCGGGAGCGAGCGUGGAUGACGAGAAUUGUUGGCAUUUGGACGAGGAACAAGUCCAGGAACAGGUCAAGCUCUUUCUCUCCCAGGGCGGGUACCACGGCUCAGGAAAACAACUCAACUUACUGUUCAGCAAGGUGAGAGAGAUGCUGAAGAUGAGGGACUCCAAUGGAGCUCGCAUGUUGACGCUGAUCACAGAACAGUUCAUGGGAGACCCCAGAUUGGCGCUGUGGAGGCAACAGGGGACGGCCAUGACUGACAAGUACAGGCAGCUGUGGGAUGAACUAGGGGCCCUGUGGAUGUGCAUUGUGCUGAACCCCCACUGCAAACCCGAGCAGAAGGCUUUCUGGCUUCGACAGCUUCGCAGGUGGAACAGCGUGGACGUCUGCCCCUUGGAGGAUGGUAACCAUGGCAGCGAGCUGACCAAUCUCACCAACGCUCUGCCCCAGGGCCCUGCUGGUAACCCAGAUUCACUGACUCGGCCUCACCGGACAGUCUUCACACGAGCCAUCGAGGCCUGCGACCUGCAUUGGCAGGACCCCCACCUGCAACACAUCAUCACUGAGGACCACUACAUCAACUACUGCUACCAUGACAACCUCGACUCCUCCCUCUUUGAUACCCGAGGGUGGCCUUUGUGGCAUGAGCACGUUCCUACGGCGUGCGCCCGAGUGGAUGCCCUGCGAUCACAUGGGUACCCAAAGGAAGCACUCAGGCUGGCCAUCGCCAUUGUGAACACGCUGCGGCGGCAGCAGCAAAAACAGCUGGAGCUCUUCCGUGCUCACAAAAAAGAGCUGCUCAACAGAGGAAUGACAUCAGUCACCAACUUGGAAGGUUGGGUGGGCCACCCUCUGGAUCCCAUCGGCACUCUGUUCAGCACCCUCAUGGAGACGGGGAGGGGCAGUGAGGAGGGAACUCUACUUGAUUUCUCAGGCUCACUGGGUUCAGGCAGAUGGACGGAGCAUCCCGUUUUCCCAGCACAGCGUUUCUUGGAGGACGGCGAGUCUUUCCUGUUGCUGGCCGUGGAGACGGCUCUGAUUGGACUGGGUCAGCAGAGGGUGAUGCCAGACGGCCUUUACGCCCAGGAGAAAGUGUGUCGCAACGAAGAGCAGCUAUUGGCCAAGCUUCAAGAAAUUGAUUUAAACGACACGCUCGUGAAGAUCUUUCGGAAGCAAGCUGUCUUACUAUUAGAGGCUGGUCCUUACAGUGGUCUGGGGGAAAUACUCUACAGAGAGAGCGUCCCCAUGCACACUUUUGCCAAGUUUCUCUUCACCUCCCUGCUACCUCAUGAUGCCGACCUGGCAUACAGAAUUGCACUGAGGGCUAUGAGGUUGCCGGUCCUGGAGUCCACAAACCCCUCCGGUGACUUGUCUCGGCCUCACCACAUAGUAUCGGUGGUGCCCAACCGAUACCCUCGCUGGUUCACUCUGAGCCACAUAGAGACCCAACAGUGUGAACUGGCCUCCACAAUGCUCACUGCUGCUAAAGGUGACGCUCGUAAGCUAGAAACUGUGUUGGAGUCCAUCCAAAAGAACAUCCACUCCUCCUCCCACAUCUUCAAACUGGCACAGGAUGCCUUCAAAAUUGCCACUCUCAUUGACAGCCUGCCCGACCUCACGCUGCUCAAGGUCUCCCUGGAGCUGGGCCUUCAGGUGAUGAGGAUGACCCUGUCUACACUGAACUGGCGUAGGAGAGAGAUGGUGCGGUGGCUGGUCACCUGUGCUACUGAAGUUGGUGUGUUUGCUCUGGACAGUAUCAUGCAGAACUGGUUCACCCUCUUCACGCCCACUGAAGCGACUAGUGUUGUGGCCAGCACUGUCAUGUCCAACAGCACUAUUGUCCGCCUGCAUCUGGACUGCCAUCAGCAGGAGAACCUGGCCAACUCCGCCCGCACCCUGGCCCUGCAGUGUGCCAUGAAGGACCCCCAGAACUGUGCCCUCUCAGCUCUGACACUCUGUGAGAAGGACCACAUUGCCUUUGAGACAGCCUAUCAGAUUGUACUGGAUGCAGCUGCCACUGGAAUGAACUACACACAGCUGUUUACAAUAGCACGCUACAUGGAGCACCGCGCUUAUCCGAUGAGGGCAUACAAAUUAGCAACAUUAGCCAUGACUCAUCUGAACCUCAGCUACAACCAAGACACACAUCCAGCCAUUAACGACGUGCUCUGGGCGUGUGCUCUCAGCCACUCACUGGGUAAAAAUGAACUGGCAGCCGUCAUUCCCCUAGUGGUGAAGAGUGUGAAGUGUGCCACCGUCUUGUCGGACAUUUUGCGGCGGUGCACUCUAACGACACCGGGCAUGGUGCCGCUACACAGUCGCAGGAACUCUGGAAAGCUGAUGUCUCUGGACAAAGCUCCACUCAGGCAGCUACUGGACGCCACGAUCGGGGCCUACAUCAACACAACGCACUCUCGGCUGACGCACAUCAGCCCGCGCCACUACAGCGAGUUCAUCGAGUUCCUCAGCAAAGCCAGAGAAACAUUUCUCAUGGCACAUGAUGGACACAUCCAGUUCACACAGUUUAUAGACAACCUAAAACAGAUAUACAAGGGCAAGAAGAAGCUCAUGAUGCUUGUUCGAGAGAGAUUUGGUUGAAAGACGAUCAUGUGACCAAAUUGGCUUUUUUCUUUUUUUUAAAACUUGAGUCUCCUUUUUUUUAAUCCUUUCUAACUUGAAGUGAAAAUCCACCUAACACAACAUUCAUGUGAAUCUUACUCCUGUGAUUUGGGACUGCUGGGUCUGAUGUGACAAUAACAGGAUUUCCUUAAGGCAAAUAUUUAAGACUGUGAUCUUAAAGCAAACCUGUGUGAUGUUAACACAGACCGAUUUUAGUGCUGGCCAGCCCGAAAAGUUUUAGGGGAAAUUUUGUCCUUAAAGUGACAAGUUUAAAAUUGGGGUUAAAAAAAGAGACUAUAAACCAUAGGAGCAACACCUGGGGCCAAGAAUAAAACAGAGUGUACGCACUUUUUUUUUUGUUUGGGAGAUUUGAGGCUUUUCAUACUGGUUCUGUUCUCAUUCAACUCAUAAGGUUGGCCAUAAAUAGAUGUACAAAUGCACCAAGUCUUUUGUCACAUAAAUAAUUCUGAAUGUAGACUCAGUUGCUACUGGUGGAUUGGCUAAUUGCUGUACGGUGGCUAUGUUUGUCCUGAGCUGUCCACUCUUACAACACGUACAAUUGUUACGUCAGCCAAGAUGGUGCUGUAAAUACAGACGCUCCCAUUGGGGUUUGAAUCUUGAUCUUUAAUGAGAUAUGAUUUAACUUGUAAAUUAGCUUCACCCCCACAGGCAGUAGCUACAACCAUAGUCAUCGUUGCAGCAAGAGCAAUGCCCAAACAUACCAACAAACUUGGCAGUGCAUGUACAAAGGCAGUAAAGAAGAAGACUGCUAACUAACAAACAUAAAUGUAUACAAUGCACAGUGUAAUCAUUUUGCAGUGUUUUAUGGGCAAAAAAACCCCUCAUCUUCAUUUCUAAGAAAACACCACAGGGUAUCUUUCAAUAGACCAGACUUUCUAAACACCACUUUGUAUGUAUGGAGUGGUCUGCACACCGUUUAUAUCUGGCCCCUGGUAUUGAUGUGUAUAAAAACUGAUGUGUUUAGUUUGCAGAAGGAGAGAAUUGUCACUGUGUGGAAGUUCGUGCAUUUCCCAUUACAUCCAAAAAUGUGAGGGUUUUAGACUGAGUAUUUCCUGUGUUGUCCAGUGGCAAAAUGUCUGCCUUGCACUGCUCCUGCUUCCCUCAGCUAACGCUCACAGCCUCAAAGAGAAGACAAAUGGCUUUAAACCAAAUGGACCAUCUGAAGUGACGAGUACCUCUUCUAAAGGAUCCAGCUUUACUCCCCCCAGGCCUCCUCACCCAUCUGCUCAAGAAAGACUCCAAAUCCACCAUCAAAAUUCAUUUUGCUGCCAUUUUCAGGCUGAUUGUUUUGGCUUUGCAGUGUUGUCUCAAACGUUCAGUAUGCUCAGUCGACGGACACAUUUGCCACGAUAACACGACGACAAACUAUCACAGUCCUCGCCCUUGUGGAAACUUGGCAACAUACAUUCUCAGGGAUUUCUCAAAAAAAAAAAAAAAAAAAAAAAGCAGAAAAAAGAA